AUGUCUGAAAAUAUUAGGGAGAGCGUUUCAACGAAAUCACCAUCUAAGGACCAAAUGGAGGCGUCUUAUGUUAGUCUUAAGACUUGGAUUGAAGAUUCCCUUGAUCUAUUUAAGAAUGAUCUCCUUCCUCUUCUGUAUCCUCUGUUUAUUCACAUUUACUUUGAUUUGAUACAGCAGAACAAGACCGACGAAGCAAAGGAAUUUUUUGAGAAGUAUAGGAAUGAUCACUAUAACAAAUCUGAAGAGAUAAAGCAGUUCGAAAGUAUUUAUACAAUACAGCAUAUUCAUGAGAACAACUUUGCCUAUACCUUUAAGAGUUCUAAAUACCAUUUGUCCAUGGGGAGAUAUGCGUUUGACCUCCUCAUCAACUUUCUCGAAGAAAGAAACCUAACAUACAUAUUGAAGAUACUUAACCAGCAUCUGGACAUUAAGGUGUACGUUGGGCCGAAGAGCGAGGACAGAGCUCAGGGGAUUGAGACAAGCGUUGUUGAUGCUGAAAUAGAUCUGACUACCUUCCUGGUCUCUAGAGAGUGUGAAGAUGCAAUACUUGGGGACGAGCAGUACAGAUAUGAUCAUCUUGAGACAUAUGUAUUGCAGCUUCGGAAGCAAAGAGAAAUGAAGCCUAAGGAUUCACCCUAUAAGCCCAAUGCAUCUCAGAUAAAUGCAGAAAUAGAGAAGCUGAAAGAUCUAUGCAAAAGAGUAGCAGUGAAUAAGAACAACCUCCCUAGUAUUUGUUGCUACACAAUACAUAACACCUAUGAAGGUCUUACGGCAGCUGAAAUCAGUAAUGAUCUAAAGCUGAUGGCAUGUGGAUUCAAGGAUAGUUACAUAGAAGUAUAUUCAUUAACGAACGAGGCUUUGAAGAAGCUCAAGAGUAGCUCUGAGCUUGCAAAGUCUGAUAUCAAGACCCUAAAUGAAGAGAAGUUUGAGGAGGUUGGAAAUAGUUAUAAGCUUGUUGGACACUCUGGACCUGUGUACGGGCUAAAGUUCUUUUCUUCAAACAAGUUUCUUGUUUCGAGUUCUCAGGAUUGCACUGUAUGUCUCUGGAGCCUUGAUCUUCUGUGUUUACUCGGCGUUUACAAGGCUCACGCAUUUCCUGUCUGGUGUGUGGAUGUGGCACCCAAUGACUACUUCUUUGCAAGUGGGGCAGGAGAUAGGCAGGCUAUUGUAUGGUCUGUCACUACCUCAAAGCCUGAAAGGCUUAUAAUCUCCUCUCUUAGUGAUGUAACUGCUGUGAAGUUCCAUCCUAAUUCGAAUUAUCUAUUUACAGGGUCUUCAGACCAUAGGGUGAGAAUGCAUGAUAUAAAUACAGCAUCCGUUGUAAGGAUAUUUUGUGGGCAUACUGACACGGUGACAUGUAUAGAUGUUUCUCAUUGUGGUAAGUUUCUGGCGAGUGGAAGUAAGGACAGAACAGUACUUCUCUGGGAUAUUCAGAGCUCAAAGCUUUUAGGAAAGUAUGUAGGCCACGAGAACACUGUUUUUUCUGUGUCCUUUUGCUUCUAUGGAAGUGUCCUUGCCUCUUGUGGUGCAGACAAUAGUGUUAGGCUCUGGGAUAGGGCCGAUCAUAAAGGGGGAUGUUUGGGGACAUACUAUACAAAGAGCACUCCUCUUUUAUGUGUUAAGUUUGGAUACAGGAACAUAAUAUCAUGUGCUGGCCCUUUCUUAAGCUAG